CGCCGCGGGGCUCGGCGGGGGCAAAGGGCGGCGGCUCCCGGGGCCGCGCGUAGCGGGACCGAUUGCCCAAUACUCUCGCAGGGGCCUGGGCCCCCGGAUAAAUACCGCCCGGCCAGCCCGGAGCAGCAGGGGAGAGCGGCGGCCGCGGUCCUCACCGCACCACCCGCCCGGCUCGCCCGGGGCUCUGCGCCCCGAGGCCGCUACCCAGGUAAAGGGCCGGAGCUCGCGGGAGGGUGCUCGGCGGCCGCCCGCGCUGCCUCGCCUCCCAGAGGCGAGAAGUAACUCCUCUGGCUCGGGGCAGCAGGAGGCGGCGGCGGCGACGCUGUCACCCGCGGCCAAGCACUUUGGAACAUGGUUUGGGGUGUGUGCCGGGGCUGAGUGGCCUCGGUACGCCCGGCCCUUGAUACCCGCCCCUGCGGAUGGGGUGCUUCUCCGCGGUGGGCAAGUUUCCCCAGCAAUCUGAGGGCCGCAUUUUGCACGGAGGUGGAAGACAGAGACAGAGAUAGAAAAGACCGCCAGAAAGGGGUCCUGGAGGAAGGACGGUGCCUACGGACCGGGCUCAGGGCGGAGGUCUGUCCCGGAACUGCCGAGACAGCUGCUCGUGGCAGAACGGGGGCUGGGGGGAAUGCAACCAGGUGGCCCCCUGUUUCUCAGAGGGCAGCGAGGCCUCCAGGUACCCCGCCGGGGCGCUGGUGCACGCCGCCGCCCCCGGGUGCUCUGGGGCCGGGAGGAAGGCGGCGCGCGGGUUGGCGGAGCGUACGCCGCCGCGCCAGGUUCAGCACCACCGCGUCAGUCCGGGCGACCGCCGCGGGAGGCACGGGCACCUCGGCCGCCGGGACACCGAGCGGGAGCUUGGGAGGACUUGGUGCUUACCUCUCCAUCUGUGGCUCGCCCCGGUAACCUACUCUGGCUUCAGCAGCGCCAGAGGCUUUGGAAAGAGCUGACAACUAUUUAAAAUGUGGUCAUCAAAAACAGAUCAAUGUUUCUUCGGUUGCCUGUUCUAAUUCAGCACAGGUCAAUGCAUCCGGGCUGUUUAGGCGGGAUUUACGCUAAAUAAUAUACUUAUACAGACCUACGGAGGAACACCUCUUUGAUCUUACCUUACAAUGGAAUUUAAAAAGUCACCUGAUGGUGGAUGGGGCUGGGUGAUUGUACUUGUCUCCUUUUUCACUCAGUUUUUGUGUUACGGAUCUCCGUUGGCUGUUGGAGUCUUGUACAUAGAAUGGCUGGACUCCUUUGGUGAAGGGAAAGGAAGAACAGCCUGGGUUGGAUCCCUUGCAAGUGGAGUUGGCUUGCUUGCAAGUCCUGUCUGCAGCCUCUGUGUCUCCUCUUUUGGAGCAAGACCUGUGACAAUCUUCAGUGGCUUCAUGGUAGCUGGAGGCCUGAUGUUGAGCAGUUUUGCCCCCAAUAUCUACUUUCUGUUUUUUUCCUAUGGCAUUGUUGUAGGACUCGGAUGUGGUUUAUUAUACACGGCAACAGUGACCAUUACGUGCCAGUAUUUUGACAGCCACCGAGGCCUUGCCCUUGGCCUGAUUUCAACAGGUUCAAGUGUUGGACUUUUUAUAUAUGCUGCUUUGCAGAGGUUGCUGAUUGAGUUCUAUGGGCUGGAUGGAUGCCUGCUGAUUGUGGGUGCCUUAGCUUUAAAUAUAUUAGCCUGUGGCAGCCUGAUGAGACCCCUCGAGUCUUCUGAUUGCCCUUUGCCUGAAAAAACAGCUCUGGAAAGUGGACCAGCUCGAUACUCCAUUUACAGUGAGAAAGAAAAGGACCUGGAAGAGAACACAAACAUUCUUGGAAAGAGCUAUGGUGCUGAGGAAACAUGCAAGAGCACCUUGGCCAGUGGUGGCCGCAAACAGGAGAGUCUACUUCUUAAAAACCCAGCAACAGUGGCGCAUGCAAAAGAGGCUGAAACGUACAAAAAGAAAGUUGCAGAACAGACAUAUUUUUGCAAACAGCUUGCCAAGAGGAAGUGGCAAUUAUAUAAAGACUACUGUGGAGAAACUGUGGCUCUUUUUAAAAACAAAGUAUUCUCAGCCCUCUUCAUUGCUAUCUUCCUGUUUGACAUCGGGGGAUUUCCGCCUUCUUUACUUAUGGAAGAUGUGGCAAGAAGUUCAAAUGUGAAAGAAGAAGAGCUUAUUAUGCCUCUCAUUUCCAUUAUUGGUAUUAUGACAGCAGUGGGUAAACUCCUUUUAGGGAUACUGGCUGACUUCAAGUGGAUUAAUACCUUAUAUCUUUACGUAGCUACCUUAGUAAUCAUGGGCCUGGCCUUGUGUGCAAUUCCAUUUGCCAAAAGUUAUGUCACAUUGGCAAUACUUUCUGGGAUUCUAGGGUUUCUGACUGGUAAUUGGUCCAUCUUCCCAUAUGUGACCACAAAGACUGUGGGAAUUGAAAAAUUAGCCCAUGCCUAUGGGAUAUUAAUGUUCUUUGCUGGACUUGGAAAUAGCCUUGGACCACCAAUUGUUGGUUGGUUUUAUGACUGGACCCAGACCUAUGACACUGCGUUUUAUUUCAGUGGCUUCUGUGUCCUGCUGGGAGGCUUCAUCCUGCUGCUGACCGCCUUGCCCUCCUGCAACACAUGCAACAAGCUGCUGCCCAAGCCGGCUCCAUCAACCUUUCUGUACAAAGUUACCUCUAAUGUUUAGAGGAAUAUUGGAAGGCACUACAGACUUUUCUCAUAGCAAAAUUUCACUGUGGCUGACUCUGAAUGAAAAAUUUUUUUUUAACAAAUCCUGUUCUCUAUGUACUGUAUAUGUAGCUUCUAUCUCCUGUAUAUAUUUUUCCCCUUUUUUUCUUUUUCCAAGAAGUGGGACUCAUUACUCAUGAGUUCUUGAUGAUGUAAAAAUUUUGGCCUACCUUGGAAGGCUUUCUCUGUGUAAAGAAAUAUAAUUUCUCUGUAGGCUCCAUUAGUUCCACUGCAAGGCACCUAGAGGGGGCUCUUUUAUUUUAAACCCGAUGCAGGCAGCAUGAUGAGCUAUAUGUGAAGGCCACUAGGGACUAAAUCACUCUCUUCUCUAUGUUAGACUGGCUGGUACAUGAAAACAGUUACUAAAAUGGCAUUAAGAAUUGCAGUGGAGCAAGCCGAUCUUUUUUUUUUCAAAGAUAUUUUGAAUUACAGUCACUAGUUUUCACUAUUUGAUUUUAUUUCCCUUGAGGCAGCACCCCAUGUUCAGACCCACUGUGCUUAAAUCGUUUCAUUUCCUAAGGUGUUUGCUGAGAGGAAGGCAGUCUCCAAACAGGGGCAUUCAUCACAGCCUUGCUCAUGGUCGGCUGCAUAACCCCACUCACUCUUCUCUGUCAGCAUCUAGUCAACUGAUGUUUCCCAGGAAGUGCUGAUUUCCAGGAAGUGCUGAUUUUACCUGUUUCCAAAUUGGAAAUGCGUAAACCAUUCCGUUCUGGCAAAUGGGCAACGUCCCUUUGCUUCGGCCACAGUGGGAAUGAAUUGCAAAUCCUUGCAUAACUUCUCAAUGAACCGUUUAUUUGGUACUAUCAGAUUUUACCUGUAUCAAAUUUUAAUUCAAGGGCAGAACUAAAACGUGUGUGUGUGUGUGCGCGUGUGUGCACGUGUGUGCGUGCGUGUAUGUGUGCGUGCAUGUGUGUGUGCGUGCAUGUGUGUGUAUGUGUGUGUAUGUACUCCAAGUCUGUGUGGGACAUGGAAAGAGAAAAAGGCAAUAAGACAUUCAUACCCUGAUCCAAGUUUAUUCAAUCAUAUAAAAAUUUUUGGAAGAAAAUCAAUGUUUAAUAAAUGGACAUUUUCCUAAAGAAAUAUUUUUUGACUUUGCUAUAUGAUAGAAUCUGCUAGAUCUUUUAAAAAAUAUAGUUGCCUGAGUGCUACUCUUAGAGAUUUUAAUUCUGUAGGUGUAGGCUGUAGGCCAAGCAUCAACAUUUUUAGGGAACUCUUCAAGGAGUUCUGACAAUAGAGCCGUCGAGAAUGGCUGUUAUAAGACUGGCAAUAGAGAAAGAGUCAUUCUCUUAAAUAAAAAACAAAAAAGCAAUAAACCAUUGAGGUGAGGUGUUUUUAGAAAUAGCCAACUGUGGUUCUUUAAAUAGGAUGCACUCUUCUUAUUGUGCCAAAAUUUUCUUUUCAUUUCUUUUGAAAUAUGUAAGAUUUUAUACUUCUAUGUUGCCUUUCUUGGAAGGCGCCUAAAGCACUUUAUAAGCAUGAAGCCCCACCACACCUCAGUGAAGUAGGUAAGUACUACUUUUCUAUGGAGUAAACCUGGAGUGUGGGGGAAUUUCAUAACUGAGUUAAUCCUACUCAAUAAUGCAAUAAUGGGGCUCCAAAGUGCCUUGGACUUCUACUCCAUACUCAGACUUCUGGAAAGUUUUCUGUACCUCAUUCUUUAGUUACUGUCAAGGUUAGUAAAUAAAAGAAGUGACAUUUUAAAAAUUUAAA